AGAAAAAGAAAACUAAAACCUGCAACAAGUUUCUGUUAUGUUCUUCUUCUUCUUCUUCCAAAAGACCAAAAUAUGAACACUAAACCAUCACUUUCUCAGACCAAGAUCUUCAGUUUCACAACUCGGUUCAACGAUACAAGCACUCGCUAUGGACGCUCAAGCAUUUCCGCAACUCUCAGCUCCAAGCCAGUCUACUCCGGAGAACUCAAGGCUGCGAAAGAAACAACAAGAAUCGAGCCAUCCAACAAGAAGACUGCGAGUGAUGAAGACAAUUUCUUGUCGAAAAUUGCAAUUAAUUAUCUAUCAAAGACUCUUCAAGACACAGCAGGGAUGAGUAGUAAUAGCAGCAAAAGUACUGGUUAUGAUAGCUUAGUGGAUACGGCAACUAAGGUUGCGAGAAACUUAGAUACCAAGCAACAGCAUGAGCUUGUUCUUAUCGCUUUGGACAGAGCAUUUCCUACAGUGAUACUCUCCUUGAUCAAAAUGCUUUUACCACCUUCAAAACUAUCACGAGAGCUCUUCGCGCUAUUCACCACAAUUUUUUUCGCUUGGCUUGUCGGACCUUCGGAAGUGAGGGAGACUGAGGUUAAUGGAAGAAAAGAGAAGAGUGUUGUGUUCAUAGAGAAGUGCAGGUUUCUUGAGCAGACAAAUUGUGUUGGUAUGUGCACUCACCUUUGUAAAAUCCCAUCCCAAAUUUUCAUCAAAAACUCACUUGGAAUGCCAAUCUACAUGAUGCCCGAUUUUGAUGAUCUUAGCUGUAAGAUGAUGUUUGGUCAGGACCCUCCAGAGAUCAAAGAUGAUCCUGUAAUGAAACAACCAUGCUUUCAGUUCUGCAAAUCAAACAGAAGCUAUGGUGUGAAGCACUAGGUCUUAUACAAAGGAUAUUAGCUAUGGUUGUGACAUCAAAACAUACAGUAUUUAAGUUUAUCUUAUAAAGUUAAAUCAGAGAUUACAAUUACA